GCCAGUUCUUCCGGAGCUCGAGUGGGUGAAGAAAAAAAAUAUCUCCCGCACGCCGCGGGGGAGCUUCGCGUGCGCCGCUUGCUCACCGCCCCGCUUGCUCGCGCCGCGCCGGAACCGCUCUUCUUAUCCUGCCGCAGCCAUGCUCCUCCACCUGCUGCCGCUCUCCUGCCCCCGCCGCCCCGCGCCGGUGCUCCGCCCCGGCGGCCGGCCUGGCUCCGCCGCCGGCGGCCCGUGGGCUCGUCGGGCCGGGGGCCUGGCCCGGAGGCGGGCGCUGCGGCGGACGGACCUGCAGCCGGAGACGCCGCCUCGGCGGGGCCGCCGUGGGGGCGACGGCCACGACCCGCACGCUGGCGAGGCGCUGCUGGAGACGGUGCGGAGGCUGCUGCUCGCCAAGGAGGAGGCGGACGCCGAAGGGGACGAGGAGGAGGGGGAGGAGGAGCAGGCGCAGUUCCCCAAGCGCUGGGCCAUCGUCUUCCUCUGCUUCUCCGCUUUCCUCCUCUGCAACAUGGACCGGGUGAACAUGAGCAUUGCUAUUCUGCCUAUGUCCGCAGAGUUUGGUUGGAACCCUCAAACUGUUGGUCUCAUCCAGUCGUCUUUCUUCUGGGGCUACCUCCUAACUCAGAUAGCUGGAGGAAUAUGGGCAGAUACUGUUGGAGGAAAGACUGUCCUUGGUUUCGGGGUGGUUUGGUGGUCCAUAGCUACAGCUCUUACUCCCAUCGCUGCACAGCUUGGCUUACCAUUUCUUCUUGUCGUGCGAGCUUUCAUGGGAAUUGGUGAGGGGGUUGCCAUGCCUGCAAUGAAUAAUAUUCUUUCAAAAUGGGUUCCUGUAUCAGAGAGGAGCAGAUCAUUGUCUCUUGUGUAUAGUGGAAUGUACCUUGGUUCAGUGACAGGCCUUGCAUUUUCCCCCUUACUGAUACAUAAAUUUGGUUGGCCAUCAGUCUUCUAUUCAUUUGGGUCUCUAGGAGCUGUUUGGUUGACGACAUGGGUAACCAAGGCAUAUAGUUCCCCACUUGAAGAUCCUGGAAUCAGUGCAGCAGAAAAGAAGCUUAUUACUAGUCAAAGCACAGCAGGCGAGCCUGUUAAAACAAUUCCAUGGAAACUAAUAUUAUCAAAACCACCUGUUUGGGCACUUAUAGUUUCUCACUUCUGCCAUAACUGGGGAACUUUCAUUUUGCUCACAUGGAUGCCCACAUACUACAACCAGGUUCUGAAAUUCAACCUCAUGGAGUCCGGCCUUUUCUGCGUUCUUCCCUGGUUCACGAUGGCAGUUUCUGCGAAUGUUGGUGGUUGGAUCGCAGAUACCCUUGUCAGUAGAGGAGUAUCUGUGACAACAGUUCGGAAGAUCAUGCAAUCAAUUGGAUUCUUGGGGCCAGCGUUUUUUCUAACUCAACUAAGCCAUGUCAACUCGCCUGCCAUGGCGGUGUUGUGCAUGGCUUGUAGCCAGGGAACUGAUGCAUUCUCGCAGUCUGGUCUAUACUCAAACCACCAAGACAUCGGCCCACGAUAUGCUGGUGUACUGCUUGGUCUUUCCAACACGGCUGGGGUUUUAGCUGGUGUAUUUGGCACAGCAGCAACAGGAUACAUCUUGCAGCAUGGUUCCUGGGAUAAUGUCUUUGAGGUAUCUGUAGUGCUCUAUCUGGUUGGGACUUUGGUAUGGAAUGUGUUCUCAACCGGUGAAAAAAUUCUUGAUUGAAGAGUGUACAUAGCAUGCUCACAGUUCCAAGUGACAUAUUCGCCCUGGAUCAACAACUUGCCCCCUGGAUAAAGUUCAAGACAACAGAUGCAGCCCCAUGCAACUCAACUCUUCGGGAAGAGGCAACAGUGGACUGAUAGCUCCCAAGGUGAGAUUCCGAAAAGUCUGCCCAAUCCUGGAUACUGCUUGAUUGCACUUGUAUCAAGACACUUGCAAAAAAUUGCAAACGAAGCAUGGAUGAGUUGAGUAAUGCAAGCGCCUGCAGGAUAUGUGACUGUAUAUUUUGUUGAGUAUAGGUAUCCCUGUACAGCAUAGCUGAAGGAUUCAUCAUCAUACACCGUAGUAAUUUUGACAUGUUACUCCUCUCUUGAAUAGUUCCUUUCUGUAACAGCUCCAUGUAGAUUACAGCAAGAAAAUUUGCAAGGGGUUACUACUAACACAUUCAGCAUUUGAUGCAUAUGUAUCUAUUAACCUUUUGAGUUUUGAUUGAGUAUGGCAAAGUAUUAUUUCA